AUUCUGUGCAAUAACGAAACGUUUCGCCAUCAGAAAAUUUGACGUAUAUUGACUUGACAUUUCUUAAUUUGCUAAAUGUUCAAUUUCGUCAAUACUUUCGUGUAUUAUUGUUACUGAAUUUUGUUAAUAAACGUGAAACAUGUUUUAAUCUUGGACCAUCUUGGAACAAUUAUAUUCUCGUAAAUAACAUACAGUUGAUACAAGAUGUCCGAGAAGUUGACACUAGGGCAGCGGGUGAAGGUGGUGGGCAAGGAUGUGAAGGGCUCCGUGGCGUACGUGGGGCACCCCACCUUCGCCACCGGCAAGUGGAUCGGGGUCAUACUGGACGAGCCUAAAGGAAAGAACAAUGGGACCAUUCGGGGACACGCCUACUUUACUUGCGAUGAGAACUACGGCGUAUUCGUCCGCCAGACUCAAAUCCAGCUGCUGGACGGCGAGGACAACCCCAUGGAGACCUCCGCAACCUCCGUGGACGAGCCCCGCGCCCCCGCCGCCAAUCGCCGGCUCAGCAGUAUUACAGUGGCCCAGCGCUCUAGACCCACCACGGUGCGCCGAAAGACGGCGCCGGCGGCGAAGGGCACCCUCUCGAUGUCGAGUUCUCGAACGUCACUGGCGAGUAGUCGGCAAUCGCUGACGUCGUACGCGUCGCCGACGGCCGAAAGAGCCGCGUCGCCCGAUCAGGCGGCGAAGCGAGCUUCAUUUGUCGAGACCGGAUUCGUGGAGACGCUGACCCCGCAGUACACGCCGGGUCAGAGCAUCACGUCGCCCGCGCUGACGCCGCAUGCGGAGGACCGGCUGGCCAACCUGCAGGCGCAGCAGGAGAUAACCCAACUCAAAUCCGAAGUAGAAGACCUAAAGGAAAAGCUGGAGACCCUCCGCGUGAAGCGAGCCGAGGACCGCGAGCGACUGCGCGAGUUAGAGCGAGUGCGACUGCAGUUAGAGCAGGCCAACGAGUUCAAAGCUCGCAUCAUGGAGUCACAGGCGCAGCUGCAGAGGGACUUGCAGAGGGCGAAGCAAGAGGUUCGCGAGGCUCAGGAGGCCCUGGACAACCACAACGACGAGACAGCUGAACUUCAGGAGGCGGCCGAGAUGGCGGCGCUCGACAAGGAAAUGGCUGAAGAGCGCGCCGAGGCACUUCAACUAGAGCUGGAAUCCUGCCGCGAGAAGUUGGAGGAGGCAACCUUGGACCUGCAACUCAUGCGCGCUGAAAUGGAGGCCUCGGGAAACACCCAGCACCCGUACGCAGCCGCCGACGACCGCGCCGCCACCGGCUACGAGAUGCGACAGCUGCAGCAGCAGAACGCCCGCCUCAGGGACACGCUGGUGCGCCUCAGGGACCUCAGCGCGCACGACAAGCACGCCAUGCAGAAGAUGAACAAGGACAUAGAACAAUACAAAUCCGAGAUUGCGGAACUGUCUCGUACCAAGGAGAAGCUGUCAACCAGGGUUGAGGAGUUGGAAGCUCAGGUUGCAGAUCUCAGGGAACAGGUGGACGCUGCACUUGGUGCUGAGGAGAUGGUGGAACAGCUGGCUGAGAAGAAGAUGGCGUUGGAAGACCAGGUGGAACAGCUCAAACAAGACGUGUCCGAGCUGGAAGCACUUCAAGAAGUCCACGAACAGCUGGUGGAGUCCAACCGGGAGCUGGAGCAAGACCUGCGCGAGGAGCUGGAGAUGGCUCAGAGCGCCACUAGAGAGGUGGUGCGGGAACGAGAAGCAGCGUUUGAAACCAUCAUGGACCGUGACUCCACGAUUCUCAAGUUCAGAGAACUGGUGCAGAAGAUGACUGAACAGUAUAAUGAGAUAAGGAACCAGCUGGAGUCCAAACAAGGUUCCCCAGCGCCAUCGUCCGAGCAGGACACCCCCGAGCCGUCCCGCUCUCCCCCGGUGGAGCUGGGCUCGCUGGUGCAGCUGUCCCGCGCCUCCACGCGCUCCGUGGACCUGCAGCUGCGCGCGCUGGAGCUGGCGCAGGCGCGCGCACGCGCGGACAUGCUGGCCGCGUGCCUGCCCGACCACUUCAUGCAGCCGGCGGGUGACCACGACGCCAUCUUACUGAUUCUGCUGCUGCAGCGGCUGACCACCAAGGCGGACAUCAUUCUGGGGCAGAUCAGGGAACGGUUCCCGGCUGUCAACGUGUGGGACAGAGAGGCGGUGACAAAGACGCACACCGCCGUGCAAUACAGCUUCCGAUGCCAACUCGAAUACCAGCUACACAUGAUACAGUGUAUAGUAUCGAUGUGGGUGUGGACCCUGGACUCGUGCAAGCCGGAGCUGCUGCUGAAAGCUGCCAGCGCCCUCCCAGACGCGAGUCAACAGGAGAAGGCGCUGGACGGCGCGCUGCAGCUGCUGAAGACCAACGAGUUAGAUGAAAACGUGGGGCUCGACGGUAUCGAGCGCUGCUGGAGCUACCUGUCCGCCAUGUGGUCGGCCCUCGGCCUCUCGGCGCUGGAGCCGGAGUACCCGCGCGAGGCCGUGGCGCACGCGUGCUGCGCGCUCGACGCGCUCGCAAGAGCGCUGCACGCUGACGCUAGCGCCCUACAACAGACUUUACUGCAAGCCGAGCACGGGCUGGAGUUAGGGCAGCUCCACACGCACAUGAUCGCGACGGCCGCCGCCCUGCAGCACGCGCUCAAGGCCGCGCGGCGCCGCCUGCCGCCCGCGCCGCACGCGCCGGUGCCGCUGCCCGUGCAGUUGAUCGAGAAGCUCCGCACAGAAUCAGCAGCCACGCUGUCCCGCUGCGCGCGCGCGGCGUGGCUGGCGGCGCGCGCGGCGUGCGCAUGCGCGGCCACCGCGGGCGAGCGCGGCGACGGCGCGCCGCUGCAGCACACCGUGCUGCUCAACGUGUGGACGCAGGCCACCAACAAGACUUACCAACAAGACGACCACGGGCCUGUACGCACGAUCAAGCACGCUUUAGCUGCCGUGAGUGCUGACGUCAACAAACUGGCAACCAUGGCCGCCGAGAAGGAAUAUGACAUGAUGUCACUGACCAACGUAGCCGACAAGCCGACUCCGCCCGUGGUGCUGCGCGCGCAGCUCGUCAAGAAGCAGCUAGAGGAGACCAAGACCCUGACCAUCAAGCUGGAAAACAAGGAGGCUGACAUUAAGGAACUCAGAAAAGCGCUAAAGGCGAAGCAAGAGGAACUAUCAGAGAUGCAGAUCCGUCGCGAGCUCGGCGAACGUAAGCUGACGUCUGCGGCGCGCGACGCGGAGCUGAAGGCCGAGCAACUAGCUCGUAAACUCGACGACGCCAACAACCAGCUCAAACGGAAAGAGAAGGAGUUCGAAGAGACGAUGGACCAUUUACAACAAGACAUAGAUUCGCUGGAGAGCGAGCGCGGCGCGCUCCGAGACAAACUCAAACUGUACGCCAAGCGAGGCGGACAGCACCACGCGGUGGCGCCGCCGGCGGUCGUCUCCAGAGACUACUCACCGGCAGUGACGCCAAUACACGCACCUACGGAACUCCAAGAGACGCCGGUGAAGGUGGCGCCGGGCGUGGCCGCUGGAGAGGUCAACGAAGCCCUGCAACAGCAGUUGAAGGUGCUUAGCUGGACCCUGGACCGCGAGCGUGCGGCUCGCGUGGCCGCGUGCCGGCGCGCCGAGACCGUGGCGGCGCGGAACCUGCGGCCGCUCGACAACCCCGGAGCCCCGGCCGCCGUGGCCCGCCGCCAGGCCGCCGCGGCGCUGCAAGCCAGGCUCGACACAUUGCAAUCGGAAUGGACGCUAUUCGUAGCUCGCUCAGGGCUCGUCAAGUUCCCUGAGGACCCGAGCAAGUACGCCAAGACGUUAGACCAGCAUAAGGAGAAGCAGAGAGAGAUGAGGAGACAGCUAGAGGAGCGUCUAAUCGCCCUCCAAAACGAAGUCCGCGAGCAACUGCUCCUGCACCGGCCGUGGCGCUGCGUGGAGGCUUCCCUCGCCACCUUCCCCGCGCCCGACCUCACGGGCGCCCUGGCGCCGCGGGCCGUCCCUGUCGGAGCCCUGCAGUACCCUGCACCUACCAAUACUGAACAUACCGUGUAUGUCACACCGAGGCAGCUCGCCACGCUGAGAGAACUGGUGGCCGAACUCAAAUCCGACGACGUGAAACUGGAACUCAAGCCGCUGGACACCACGGUCUGCGCUGCGUAGACCCUUCAAUUAUAUGGUACACGUAACUUAGGUUGGUUGUACCUGUCCAAUUUCAUGGUCCAAUGUGCAUUGCGGAGUCUCUCUCACUAAGCAAAAUGUGUGACGCAAAUACACGUUGGACAAAGAAAUUGAAUCAGAAUCAGAAUCAAGCAAUUUAUUUGUGAUAACCUUAAAACUAAAAUUACAUACAAGAGUAUAACUAAAAACUACAAAUAUUAAUAAAAUUGAUAAGCGUUAAAGUUUACCACGAAAUGGGCUCUCCUUAGCAUAAUACUGACCCGAGAGCCAGCGCUGAUCUUCCGGCGAGACCAUUUGUGGGCCACGAACGCAGCCGUACGACACGGCCCUAUCAUAAGCUGAACGCAGCCUUUGCAGCAGCGACCGGCGCCUCUUGUCUACUGUCUAUGGCAGUAGCUGAAAAUGACAUUUGACAGGUGUAAUACCACCCUUAGGAACAAAAAUCUGUCAACGAAAUGAACUUUCUGUCAAUACGAAAAGCCGUAUAAGGGGCGAAUCAACUUUUUGAUCGACACAAAUCUGUCCACAACUUAUAAACUUCGUUGUAAAAUUUCACCUUUAGCUUAAGCUUGCCCUAGUGGUAAGGUAAAACCAUGUCAAUGAGGGACUAGAAAAAGUUGAUUCACCCACAUAUACUAUAAUGAUUAAUGAUUAUCCAAUCUCUAGAAGUAGAGAUGUCACGCGAUGAACUAUGUUAUAUGUCCGUACAAACUACGAUGACAUACAAAUAGACGAUUUAGAGUUUUCCCAGUGAAAAUUUUAUUGUAAAUCAAAUUUUAGUAAUAGGAAAUUCGUGCACUUGACCUGCUACUCGGUAGCUUAGUUGUGGGUUCGAUUCCCGGAUAUUUAAUUAUUUAUUAACGUACGCUUGGAAUACAUUUUAGCAAUGUAAGUAUAAAAGACAUUAUGAAAGAAUUUAUUUACUUUAAUAUGGCAACUAACGCUGAGAUUACAGAAUGAUUAAAUGAUUUGUUUAAUGUUAUAUUUAUUGUAUGUUUGAAUGUAUGUUGCACACAACCUUGGAAAUCACUGUACCUAAAGUGAAUUUCAAUAGAAAUUGCAAAGAAUGUAAACAACAAAUUUACCGACAUUACUUCGUAAUAUCGCACUUUUUAAGGAAAACCAUGAUCAAAGACAUAUGUAACUUCGUAUAAGAUGAAUAAAGUCUAAGGAAAAAACGUGCCUCGGAAAUCAAGAAAAAGUCAUUCUCGGAUAGAUGGCGCACACACCUUUGGCCUAUGCUCGGCUAGAUGGCGUGACGACACCGUUUCAUAUUUAACAAUUUUAACACAUAGAUAUCAGUGAAUGAACAUGGGUCAAAAUGAUAUAAAUUUUUUUUGAUAGUUUUAUACGUUUUCAUUUUGAGUUUUAGUCGUGUGUCGAUAGAUGGCAGUAAAUUUACUGUGACUACAAAAUUUACUAUGGCAGGACCCCUCUAUACUAUCUAUUCUCUUUGCCAUGAUGUUGUUGUUAGUUUAUAUACUCAAAUAUUUUAUUUAUAUCAAGUUCUAAUUGAAAUAUUUGUUAAUUAUUAAGAUUUCAGGGAAAAAACCUUCCUAAAAAUUAUAUUAUUUGCCAUUUACAUUGAACUCCACUUUAAAUGUUAAUAGUUCGAUUUAGUGUAAAUUUAGGAUUAUCUGAAAUUGUAUAUGAAUAUAGUUUCAAAAUGUACUAUAAAGUCUAAAGGGGCCCACUGAUUAACAGUCCGCCGGUCGGUAUCGGCCUGUCAGUUGUUCGGAACUGUCAAUUUUUUGUUCUAACUGACAGGCCCAUACCGUCCGGCGGACUGUUAAUCAGUUGGCCUCUUUAAUGGGGACAAGACAAUGAGAUUAUAAGGAGACUUCGCAUCAAGAUCGAUAUGAGUGGAAAUACAUAUAUAAAGACUCCUAAAUCUCAAAAAGCAAGUUGGGGGUUGUAUACUUUAAAUAGAAAUGCCCAAUUAGAGGUUUUUGCAUUGUCUAUGGGAUUAAAAGAACAACAAAAUAUAUUGGUAACCUGCAUCGUGAUAUGGAUUGUUCGUGUUAUAUUAUAAAUAAUAUUGUGACAUUAUUUAUUUUCAUGUUUAAUUUCUAAAAACAUUCGACGCACCAGCUAAUUUGUAAUAUAAUAAUAAAUAUAAUAAUCGUUAAAGUUUAUAUCGAAC